GUGUGUUAUUGUCUAACACAACAGAGAUAUCCGACACUACUGAAUUAUUGAGGAUUGUUUAUGAUACUCACUUAAAGGUACCGGUUAAGCAUUUUUUAGAUGAUAAUAUUUACUUCCGGUGUGAAAUGUUUGGUUGGAAACGAGACGUUCUUACAUCCUAGAUUAGCCUACGUUCUUUGAUAACACUGUAACACAUUCUCUUUUCACUGAUGUUCGUUUAUUUGUAGCGGAACGUAAAUAUCAAAAUGUUGGUGCCAAUUUUUACGCUCAAAUUGAAUCAUAAAGUUAAUGCUCGUAUGGUGACGAUAGGGAAAUACGAUGGCACAAACCCUUCUCUCAGCUGCGCGACAACGGCUGGUAAAGUCAUCAUUCACAACCCUCACAAUCGCGGCCAGAACACAGGUCGAAUGUCUCUGAGUGCCGAGGGCGACAUUUCCCUUCUGAAUAUUAACCAGCAAGUGACGUCAGUGUGUGCAGGAGUACUGGAUGGAAAUGCCGCCAAAGAUGUUCUUGUUGUUGGCACCCAGACAAAUGUUCUCGCCUAUGAUGUGGAAAAUAACUCUGAUCUUUUUUACAAAGACACACCAGAUGGAUCGAAUGCGAUAAUCGUGGGCAAACUUGGAAGCAUUGAAACACCUCUUGCAAUAAUCGGAGGAAACUGCUCCAUUCAAGGUUUUGACAAAGGUGGCAAUGAUUCAUUUUGGACAGUUACUGGUGAUAAUGUUUGCUCAUUGGCAAUGCUCGAUUUUAAUGCAGAUGGACAGAAUGAGCUUAUUGUUGGCUCAGAAGACUUUGAUAUUCGUAUUUUUAGAGAAGAUGAAAUUAUUGCAGAAAUAACUGAAACAGAAGCUAUUACAUCACUGUGUCCAAUGAGGAACACUCGCUUUGGGUAUGCACUAGCCAAUGGAACUGUUGGUGUUUACGAUCGAACAUCUCGGUACUGGAGAAUCAAAUCUAAAAAUUAUGCUGUAUCUAUCCUUAGCUUUGACCUUGACUCAGAUGGGGUUCCAGAGCUUGUCACAGGGUGGAGUAAUGGGAAAAUUGAUGCUAGAAGUGACAGAACGGGUGAAGUUAUAUUUAAAGAUACGUUUGGCCAUCCUGUUGCUGGCAUUGUUCGAGGAAAUUACAGAAUGGACACCAUGGAUCAGCUGAUUUGUGUUUCAUCAGAAGGUGAAGUGCGAGGCUACAAUCCUGCUCCAUCUGAAAUGCAUGGCAAUUUGAUGAGCAACAAUGUUGAACAGGACACGAUUAGAGAUCUUAGUCAAAGAAAACGGAAUUUACUUCUUGAGCUACGGAACUAUGAUGAAAACUCUAAGGCUGCUGCUCUGGCUGGUGGUAAGGAUUCUGGUGGUGGAUUAUUAUCAGGCCAAGGAGGUGUGGGGAUUUCAAAAACGGGGAAGUUUUCCAUGACAGGAGAAUAUGACUCGAGCUCACAAGUUGGUGUAAUUCCUGCCAACACUCAGUUGCAGACCACUCUGUCUGUCAAUUGUGGUAGUAGCAACCAGGCACCUUUUGUAGAGCUGACAAUCACCACAACAAAUGACACCAUUAUUCGGGCUGUUUUGAUAUUUGCUGAGGGAAUAUUUGAAGGAGAGAGUCACGUCAUUCAUCCGAGCCCUGAUAAGUUGACCACAUCGCUGACAGUACCGUUGGUGCCACCUAAAGACAUUCCUGUUGAUCUUCACAUAAAGUCUCUAGUUGGCUACAAAAACAGUUCACAGUAUCAUGUGUUUGAACUCAGCAGAAUGCUACCCCGCUUUUCCAUGUACUACUUGCUAUCUGACGGCAACUUCAAACCGUCACAGAGUUCAGUGGUGUUUCAGGUGAAUGAUCGAAUACAACGAUUGGUCAUGUGGAUUAAUCAGAGUUUCUUGAUGAUGGAGGAUCUCGUCUGUGAGGGCGAACUGAACAUUGCUUUCAUGUCCCUGCGAGGAUCUGGUCCUCUCAUCAUCCAGAUGAACCUCUCUGGUCAGAUCACAAUCCGAACAGAUGACAUGGAUCUGGCUGGCGACAUCAUCCAGUCUCUUGCAAGCUUUCUCAAUCUUGAUGACUUGAUGUCCACAGCAGAUUUUCCAAACGAAAUGGAAAAAUUGUCCAAAAUCCUCGUUGAUGUCAAUGAGUAUCAUUCUGUGAGGCAGAAACUCACUGCAGAGAUGGCCGAUCAUUCAAAUCUCAUUCGAAGCAUGGUGGUGCGAGCGGAGGAUUCACGGAUUAUGGGGGAUAUGAUGGGGAUGAAGAAGGGCUACAAUGAGCUGUUUGAUCUGAACCGGGAUCUGAUGAUGGGCUACAAGAUCCGCUGCAACAACCACCAGGAGCUGCUGAAUCUGCUCAAGCAGGUGAAUCAGAUCAUCCAGAAAGCUGGACGACUCCGAGUGGGCAAGUACAAGACCCAGGUGGUGAACGCAUGUCGUGCUGCCAUUAAAAAUGACAAUAUCAAUGGACUGUAUAAAAUCAUUAAGGCCGGAACUGGUUAAGGACUAAAAGACUGCAGAAAUCAUUUUCAUGUAUGUUUACUCUGACUGUUGUGUGUAUAAAUUACACUGGUUUAUCAUUGUGGGAAUGUUAUGAAGUUUAUGUUUCAUAUACUGUAUACUGUAUAAUACAUGUAUUUUUGAAUCAUUAAUUUUUUUUUUACAAAAUGAAAUAUUAAUCAGGCUUCUAAAAAUGCAAGAACGAUUAAUUUUGCGUUUACAUAUUUUUUAACUCGUGCAUUAAACUUAUGACUUUAUUUACAUGGAUGUAAUGUGUUAUGCAAAAAGGAAAAGGUUAUUUGAAUUUAUUUUUGCAUAACUCAUAAAAUGGCUUAGGCAAUAUUAAAGUUUUUAGGGGCAUGAUAUCUAAUGGUUGCAUUUAGAUAUAUAUACAAUGUACAUAUACACAAUGGGAAAAAUAUCCGCCCGGUUCCCCCUUCCCCUAACCCUAACCCUAGCCCUAACCCCAGCCAUAAUCCCAACCCUAACCCAACCCUAACCCUAACCCUAACCCUAACCCUAACCCUAACCCUAACCCUAACCCUCAACCCUAACUAAAAAUAAUAAUGGAGGGGACCGGGCGGAUAUUAUACCACACAAUGUACAAACAUUUAAUAGGACCCACAGUUGUAAUAUUUAUUCUAAUAACAGUGAUUGGCAAAGCAAAUACAGUGAGUUGACAUGACAGUGUCAUGAAAUGUUUAUUAAAUGACAAAGUGAAAAGAUCUUAAAAGUUAAAGACAUAAAACAGACAAAAAUAGGCUACACUGUUUUUUAACCCUUGGAGGUUAAACGUCUACAUAUUGAAAAAUGUGUAGCUAAAAGUUAACCCGGGUUAUUUUAAUUUUGCAGUCAUACCAGUCAGACUAUGCUUUUACCCAGAUUAACUUUAUUUAACUCCACUUUUACCUUCUCCCGUAGAUUGCUAACACAUCUAGUAUCUUGACUUUGCUGUCGAGGUCGCAGCAAUUGCUUCUUUACUUCCACUACUUCUGAUAGCAUGUUAAAACUUUGCAAAAACUAAAGUGAUAUUAAACUUUAAAAAAAAGGACUACUGGUGAUCAAGAAGGUGACUAAGACCUGACUACAUAAUGGUACAUGUACAUGUAUGAAUGUAAAUUGUGUUUUAGAUGUGGGUUUCUUUUAUUUCAGAGUAUCACUAAUACUUCAUGAAGUAAUGACAUCAUAGGCCAGAGACAUUAACCCAUGUUAUUUUAACAUAGAUUUGACUCUGGUUAAAACUAACCCAACUUAAAACACAGCUUAUAUGGACAUGGUAAAAAAAUUUUUUUGGUAUAAAGGCUGUCUGUAUUAAACAUUUCUAAUUUUUCCCAGGAACAUAUCCACGAUUUUGAAAGGGGGAGUCACAAAAUUCUGUAUCCAUGGGUAUGCUUUCCAGAACAUUUUAAAAGAAAGAUGCUCAGAGACGCACCCUGACACUACUAUGUUUCUGGGGUUAAUAUAUAUAUUUUAUUUUUUAAAUGCUCAGAGACGCAUUUUCAGGCCAGUUUAGUAAUUGUAUAUUGUGGAUGACAAAUUUAAAAAAAAAAAACCCCGGCCAUUUUAAACAAAAUGGGGGAGGCCAUAGGACCUGUGAUUCCCAUCAGGAUCCCCUAAUGUCACCCAUGAUUUUUAUGUAAAACUUAAAAGUGCUUCUGGUUGUUAACAUGUAUUUACAGAUCUGUGUACAGGGUGUUAGAUCUUUGUUAGUAUUUAAAGUUGUUCUCUUCACAGUGUUUGUCAAUGUUAAACAGUUGACAGUUGUCCGUAAGUUGUUAUUAAAUAAAUGAUCUAAAUGCAAUUGUUAUUAUUUUUAAACUAUUCAGACAGUGUGAAAUUUAAAUGUUGGCUAUUACAGGUGACAACAAAUUGAACAAUUCAUUCUUUUAUGUAAAUGAAUUUUUCUCCCUUCCCCCACUUUGUUGGUAUCUAAUUAAAAUAAUCUUUCUUACACACCCA